AUGCUUCGAGUUGUCCGAUCAUCAUUGAUCUUUCGUUUGCUUGUUACAUUGAGGAUAAGAGCCAUUGCAUCAACUCAUCCCCAUACACAAUCAACGGAUCACGGGAAUCGCUCGUGCGAGUAUCAAAUAGUGAACGGGCCACCCAGUAACUUCCUUAGCCAUCCCGAGCUUCUAUUGAACACGUAUCGUGAUACCGAUGUCUUUCAAGAUCAAGCUCUCACAUCUCCAUCCUACAGUAUCUACAUACCACCUGGAUGUGCUCCAAGUAUUGCUCUCAUGACAUAUUCCUUAGGCACCGACGCGACCCCGAGACUUCGUAAUUGUGGUGGGACGGUGUUUCUCGUGGUUCUCGAGGAUCAAACGAGUGUCCCGUUGUACCAAAUAGACGCUGACUAUUUUUGCGAUCUUUUCCCCGUCAACAUAUCGUUUCAAACAAACUCUAUGGGAUUCGGUCAAAUCUCGGUUCAAUAUUUGAAGAAUUUCGGCGACGAUUGGAUAGAUAGCGACAUCAACACGACACUUUCCAAUGUGCAAGAGGUUAAGCUUCAAUGUCACAUUAUGUCCAAAUGGGAGAAAUACAAGAGAUGCUUCGUGAAGAUUCAUUUUGUUCGUUCUUUUGACAAUCGAUUCGACGAUCAAUCACCGCAGAAAAAGCUGAAAACACUCAACAACUUCUACAAAUCGAUCAAGGAAAUCGAUUCGGAGCUCUCAAAACUGGCCAUUUGCUUUUUCCGUGCUUGUGUCGAUUUUCGAUGUCAUCCGAUGAGCAAUGAUGAUAAAGCAGAAGCAAAAGUCGACUUUAUCCUGUGUUUCCAAAAAGUGUUUCAAGGAAUGAAACUUGAAAUCGAGCUGUUGAAAAACCCGGCCGUUUAUCAUGAAGGAGAGAAAAUCGAGGCCAUUCUCGUCGUUCAGACAAAAGAGCCGAUGAAGAUUAAGGGGAUCACGGCGAAAUGUGAAGGAUUGGAAAGAACACCAAAAAAUCGAAACCGAUUGGCUCGGUGUCUAUCGAUGAAAAGGAAAAGAAAAAAUCCGGCGGCUUCCUCGGGAACACAAAAUUCGGUGUUGGCCCGA